AAUAAUCUGGGCUUAAUUGCUCAAGCUACAAUGACCCAAACAGGAUGUUUCCUCUCCAUCUCAAAACUCCUGGUCAGACAUGCUUUUCAGCAAGAUUAAACGAUGUGGCUUGGCUAUGGCAUUUUCGCUAUGGUCACUUGAAUUUUGGAGGCUUAAAGACACUUCAGCAGAGAGCCAUGGUCACUGGGCUUCCAGAGUUUAAUAGUCCUUCUGAUGUUUGUGAAGAAUGUGUGCAUAAAUCUGAAGCUUUUGUAGCUUUUAAAAGCUAUAAAGUGCUUGUUGAGAAAGAAGUUGGCAGUCCAAUCAAAGUUCUUCGCACUGAUCGUGGAGGAGAAUAUUGCUCAGAUGAAUUUGCAAAAUUUUGUGACAAUCAGGGGAUUAAGAGGCAAAUCACAACAGCUUAUACACCUCAACAAAAUGGUGUUUGUGAGAGGAAGAAUCGCACUAUUUUGGACAUGGUGCGGAGUCUUUUGGCAAGGAGUUGCAUUCCAAAAAAUUUCUGGCCAGAGGCAGUCAACUGGAGCAUCCAUAUUUUGAAUAGAAGUCCCACACUUACUGUUAAGGACAUGACACCAGAGGAAGCUUGGAGUGGACGCAAACCAACAGUGGAUCAUCUUAGAAUUUUUGGGGAUGUUGUUUUUGAUGAAGAACAGAUUUGGCCAGGGAGUGAAAAUGGUACCACUAAGUGUAUUUCUGUAGAUUUUGAUGGUGGUGAUGAUGAAGAAAAACAACAAUCAAUUGAGAAUGUGCAGCAACAACUUGAUAUGGAUGAGCAACAACCAGCAUCCACUUCAAAUGCUCCAGAAGAUGCUCAAUCUCCAGCAGCAGCCAAAGAGGACGAACAGAGGUCACAAAGGGUUAGAAAGAGACCAGCAUGGAUGACUGAUUAUGAGAAGGCAAUGGAUGAAGAAAUUGCAGCCAUUGAAAGAAACAAUACUUGGGAGUUAAUUGAACUUCCAAAAGGGAAGAAGGCUAUUGGAGUAAAAUGGGUCUAUAAGACAAAGUUGAAGGAGAAUGGUGAGAUUGACAAAUUCAAAGCCCGCCUAGUUGCCAAAGGUUAUAAGCAAGAAUUUGGUAUCGAUUAUAAAGAAGUUUAUGCACUGGUUGCAAGGCAUGAUACAAUUCGCUUGGUAAUUGCUUUGGCAGCACAGAAUUCAUGGCCACUCUAUCAACUGGACGUAAAAUCAGCCUUCUUGCAUGGAGACUUGGAUGAGGAGGUAUUUAUUCAUCAACCCCCUGGUUAUGUUAAGGCUGGAAAUGAGCAUAAAGUCUAUAAAUUAAAAAGGGCAUUAUAUGGACUAAAACAAGCCCCACGGGCUUGGUAUAGUCGUAUUGAAUCUUAUUUUCUGAAGGAAGGUUUUGAAAAAUGUCCUUAUGAACAUACACUUUUCAUAAAAUCAGAAGAUGGGAAGAUGCUUAUUGUCUGCUUGUAUGUAGAUGACUUAAUCUACACUGGAAAUGAUAUGGUUAUGUUUGAUAAAUUCAAGAAGUCUAUGAUGGCUGAAUUUGAGAUGUCAGAUCUUGGAUUGAUGCAUUAUUAUCUUGGCAUAGAGGUGAAUCAAUCUGCUGCAGGUAUUUUUAUUUCUCAGAAGAAGUAUGUUCAGGACAUCUUAGACAGGUUUCGAAUGAAGAAUUGUAAUCCUGUAAGCACAUCAAUUGAACCAGGUUUGAAGCUUGUCAAGAAUCCUGGGGGAAAGGGAAUUAACAACACUUUGUACAAACAAAUUGUGGGAAGCUCGAUGUAUUUGACUGCAACAAGCCCAGAUAUCAUGCAUGCUGUAAGUCUUAUCAGUAGAUACAUUGAUUGUCCAAAAGAAGUUCAUCUCUUGGCAGCAAAAAGAAUUCUCAAGUACUUACAAGGUACAGCUGAGUAUGGUUUAUUCUAUAAAAAUGGAGAAAAGUCAGAGUUGUUCGGGUUCACAGAUAGUGAUUUUGCAAGAGAUCUUGAUGAUAGAAAGAGUACAUCUGGUUAUGUUUUCAUCAUGGGAACAGCAGCAAUUUCAUGGACAUCUAGGAAGCAAUCAAUUGUGACUCUUUCAACUACUGAAGCUGAAUUUGUUGCAGCAACAACAUGUGCUUGUCAAGCAAUUUGGUUGAGGAAAGUUCUUGAAGAAUUGCAGGUCAAACAAGAAGGUCCUAUGCUUAUUUUUUGUGACAAUAGUUCAACAAUCAAACUUUCAAAGAAUCUUGUUUUGCACGGAAGGUGUAAGCAUAUGGAUGUGAGAUUUCAUUUUUUGAGGGAUCUCACAAAUGAAGGAGUCAUUGAUUUGGUCUACUAUAGGACUGAAGAUCAAAUAGCAGACAUUUUUACAAAGCCUCUCAAGUUAUCAGCUUUUAGGAGACAAAGGGAGCUGCUAGGUGUUUGUAUUUUUUACAACAAUUAAACUGAUCAUUUGCUAAUGUUCAGUUUAGGGGAGAGUUUGUUGGAUAAGUCUUUAGAUUGUUCCUGGUAUUUAGUCAUUUUCUUGUACGUGUCUUUGUGUUUCCUAGUUAUUAGGAAGUAGUUUAACGUGUUCAGCAUAGUGGUUGCUAUUUUAUAGCUUUGU